CAUAUCCAAUUUCGUUCAUUUGAACUACCAAACCGCAAAAACAGAAGCAAAUAUUUCUCUCUCUGCUUCGCCGGAACUUUUCGCCGUUCGCAUACAGUUAAGACUUAAGAAAGGUCGAUUUAUACACGUGCAAGCUCACUCGCUCGCGCAUUGUCUCCUCAUUUUGCUCCGACUGAAAACAGAACAAGCCAAUUCCUUAAUUCGAUUGCCCCACGAUUCAACGUUUUCUAGCUCUGGCUGCCGCAGUGUACUACAUCUUUCAGUCGCUGCCAAAAUGAGCAAAAGUGAUGUAGAGAUGGAAGAUGCCAAAAUAUUCCAUGGUGAUUCAGGAAAUAACAUCAAAGAGUCUGAAUGUCAAGCAGUUGACCCUAAGGUUGAAGGCAGUGAGGAAGUUCCCUCUGCAUCGGAGGAUGGAAACAGAAGGGAGAAUGUCGAUGAAGACCUAAAUAAAGUUAUAGAUGACAAAAUUGAAGAUAAGAUGGAUGUGGAAGAGCAAACUAACCCUGUAAAAGAGGCCAGUGGGCCAAUAGAAGGAUCAAACUGUGGAAUAAUCAUUACCAAAAGUGAUGAUGAAGAGCCAAUAUACACUGAAACUGCUGCUAGUGAUUAUUAUAAAGAGCAAAUAAACACUGAAACCCCGGGUGAAGCAGAAACUGCUGCUAGGAGUGCUGUGGAGAAACAAGGUGACACAAAAUUUGAAGUGGUUGAAUGUGAUGCUACUAUUUUGGGGGUGAAAGAAGGUGAGCCCAAUAAGAAUGAUGUGGUGGAUGGAAACCAAGGGGACGGUGAGAAACGACCCAAUGAAGAUGUCGAUGUUAAAUUUGAAGUGGUUAAAUGUGAUGCUACUACUAAUUCCGGGUUAAAAGAAGAUCAGCUUGCUAAGAAUGAUAUGGUGGAUGGAAACCAAGGGGAUGAUGUUGAGAAGAUACCAAAUGAAGAUGUUGUGAAAAAGUCUGGAGAAAUAUGCAAUGAUACAGAUGAUACCGAAUGUGUUUCCGGUGAGUCGGUGGUGGAAAAUGUUGGUGCUGGAAAUGUGCCUACACAAAAUAGGCAACUUCAAACUGAUUUUUUUGCCAAUGAAGAUCCUCAAGGAUAUGAUGCUAACAUAGGUGAUGUUCAACCGCGUGUGGAUGAAGAGAUGGGAGAUGUUGUUCACUGUGAUCAGGAUAAUAUGGUUAAAUAUAAAGAACAGGGUGCAGAAUCUUUCCUUGUGAGCCAUGAAACUCAUGGGAAUGAAAAAACUUCUGCAACUGCUGCCGAACUGGCUGAAGAAUCUUCACUUGCGAGCCAGCCUGAACCUCUUACACCCAAUUCUCUCAUCCGAUGUUCUUCUCAAAAUACUGCAGACCGUAGCCGAGAAAUGGCACAGCCUGUUUCUAGUCAAGCAGCACUACCUUUUAUGGGGGAGGAUGAUGAUGGAACACCUGAGGAUCAAGCAGCCUUCAUGAAGGAGCUCGAGCAUUUCUACAGGGAGAUGACAAUGGAAUUUAAACCACCCAAAUUUUAUGGGCAGCCACUAAAUUGUCUGAAGUUAUGGAGGGCUGUAAUUAGGUUGGGAGGCUAUGACAGGGUAACUGGAUCCAAGUUAUGGAGACAGGUCGGAGAGUCAUUCCAUCCUCCAAAGACUUGUACUACAGUCUCUUGGACCUUUCGGAUCUUCUAUGAGAAGUCUCUCCUGGAAUAUGAAAGGCAUAAGACACAAAGUAGCGAGCUCCAACUCCCUGUAGUGAUGCUCCCUGAAGUUUCUGCUGCUGAUGGUGAGGGAAAUGGUUAUCAAGGACCAGGAUCAGGACCAGGAAGGGCUAGAAGAGAUUCUGCUACCCGUGCUAUGCAAGGUUGGCAUGCCCAACGCCUUGGUUCUGGUGAGGUUGAGGACCAAGUUAUAAAGGACAAGAAUCUCAACAGUAUGGCAAAGAAUGAGAAGAAUCUCAAAAGCAUUAGUUUAUUAAAACAGAAGAGACCAAAUGAAGUGGAGGAUUCAAGUUCUAGCAAAGCCACUCGAACUGAUAUAUCUAAGCAACUGGUGACAUCUGUUGUUGAUGUUCGGCCACCAGCAGACUGGGUGAAAAUUAACGUACGCCAAACUAAAGAAUGUUUUGAGGUUUAUGCCCUAGUACCGGGAUUGUUACGUGAGGAGGUGCGAGUUCAAUCAGAUCCUGCUGGACGUUUGGUCAUAACAGGCCAGCCUGAGCAAGUUGAUAAUCCCUGGGGGAUUACACCAUUCAAAAAGGUUAUCAGCUUACCAGCAAGAAUUCAACCAGUACAGACUUCAGCCGUGGUAAGCCUGCACGGACGUCUCUUUGUCCGCAUUCCUAUUGAGCAGCCAAAUAUAUAGACAACAAUUUAAUUCACCAGUAACAUCUACAACUUGCUGAAUGCAUUUAUGAUAGGAUUAGGUUUAGUAGUUGCUGUUGUUGUACAUUACUAACAAAAAUAUGCAGGGGAGGUUUUUUUGGGCUAUACGUCCUCUUCACUGUAAUUAAGAUAAUGAAUUGCUGAUGCUUUGAUUCAUCUCUA